AGCUGUUCCGUGGAUGGCGACCCCGGACGCCGCGGCCCCGGCCUCCAGUGGCCUCUCGCCUAAGGAGGAAGGAGAGCUGGAAGACGGGGAGAUCAGCGACGAUGACAACAGUCAGGUCCGCAGCAGGAGCAGCAGCAGCAGUAGCGGCGGCGGCGGCGGCAGCGGGUUGCCGUACCCGCGGCGGAGGCCUCCGCACCCGCCCCGGGGCGGUGGCUCCGGCUCGGGCGGCGGCGGCAGUGGAGGCGGAGGCGGAGGCGGCGGCUCGUCGUCGUCGUCGUCGGCCUCGUCGCAGCAGCUGCCUAGGAGUUUCUCGUCCCGCUCGCGGCACCCGUCGGAGCGUGGCCCUCUACGCGGUCCCAGUGGUGGCUACCGGCCCAAGGAGCCGUUUCGCUCGCACCCGCCCCCCAUGCGGAUGGCGUCGUCCUCUUCUCUGUCGGAGGGCAGCCCUCGGCAGUCCUUCUGGGAGCGGAGCCACAUCGCUCUAGACCGCUUCCGCUUUCGAGGUCGGCCCUACCGUGGUGGGGGCCGCUGGGGCCGCGGGCGAGGCAGCAGCAGCGACCGGGGCGGCAAGCCGGCUGGCAGCAGGCCCCCGGCGGGAGGAGGGGGAUCGGGCUUCAGCAGCGGCGGCCAGAGCUGGAGGGAGCCUUCUCCUCGAAAGAGCUCUAAAAGUUUUGGAAGGUCUCCAUCAAGAAAACAGAGUUAUUCAUCCAAAAAUGAAAACUGUGGGGAAGAAAGUUUUGAAGACUUGCUUUUAAAAUAUAAGCAAAUCCAGUUGGAACUUGAAUGUAUUAAUAAGGAUGAAAAACUGGCGUUUAGUAAUAAAGAAGAAACUACUCAAGAUGAUGCUAAAAUAUUGAAUUCUGAGGACCAAAUAAUUACAGAGAAUGUCAGUAUUAUAAAGGACCCAGUAAAAGAAGUACCUCCUGAGGAGAAAAAACAGGUUAAAACUUUCCAGGCAUUUGAACUGAAACCUCUCAGGCAGAAAUUGACUUUACCAGGAGAUAAAAACAGAUUGAAAAAAGUUAAAGAUGGAACAAAACAGCUUUGCCUAAAAUCAGAACCUACAGAAUCCAGUCAAGGAUUAGAAGACAAAGAACAAAGUUUAACGAGAAAGAUUAGCACUUCAGAUCUCCUUUCUGAAAAGAAACUUGGAGAAGAUGAAGAGGAACUUUCUGAGUUGCAGCUUCGCUUGCUGGCUCUUCAGUCAGCCAGUAAAAAGUGGCAACAGAAGGAACAGCAGGUGAUGAAAGAAAGCAAAGAGAAGUUGACAAAGACAAAAGCAAUUCAGCAAAAAAUUAAAACCAGCACAAAAACCCACUCAGCCAAAAAAGUUAGCGCUACAGCUAAACAGGCCUUGAGAAAACAGCAAACAAAAGCAUGGAAGAAACUACAACAGCAAAAAGAACAAGAAAGACAGAAAGAGGAAGACCAGAGGAAACAGGCUGAAGAAGAGGAGAGAAGAAAAAGAGAAGAAGAAAUUCGGAAAAUCCGAGAUCUCUCAAAUCAAGAAGAGCAGUACAAUCGGUUCAUGAAGCUAGUAGGGGGAAAGAGGAGGUCAAGAAGCAAAUCUUCAGAUACAGACCUGAGAAGAUCCUUAGACAAGCAGUCUAUUGAUAGUGCUGGAGGCAUUUAUCAAUAUGACAAUUAUGAAGAAGUUGCAAUGGACACAGACAGUGAAACUAACUCUCCAGCUACUUCUCCAGUACAGCCUCUUUUCUUCCCUGAGUGUUCAUUGGGAUAUUUUCCUCCAUUACCACCUAUUUCUUUACCUCCGCCACCUCAGGUUUCAGUAAGUCAGCUUUUGGCUAUGCCACCUUUGAACCAGCCUUAUGUUGAGAGUAUUUGUGUUUCUCUAGAGCUUCCUCCUCCUCUUCCCCCUCUUCCACCCCUUCCUCCAGAAGACCCUGAGCAGCCUCCUAAACCGCCUUUUGCAGAUGAAGAGGAGGAAGAAGAAAUGCUGCUUCGAGAGGAGUUACUAAAAUCUUUAGCUAAUAAAAGAGCCUUUAAAUCUGAGGAAACAUCUAGUAAUAGUGGCCCACCUUCUCCUCCAGUUUCCAACAAUUCUCAGCCUGUGCCAAGAAGCAAUCUUUCAAUAGUCAGUAUUAACACUGUAUCUCAGCCUAGAAUACAGAAUCCCAAGUUUCACAGAGGACCUCGUCUUCCACGUACAGUGAUAUCGCUUCCUAAACAUAAAUCAGUAGUGGUAACACUAAAUGACUCUGAUGAUAGUGAAUCUGAUGGGGAACCCCCCAAUGCAACAAAUAGUGUCUUUGGAGGAUUGGAAUCCAUGAUUAAAGAAGCAAGACGGACUGCAGAGGCUUCAAAACCAAAAGCACCACCAAAAUCAGAAAAAGAAAAUGAUCCUAUGAGAACACCUGAAGCUCUGCCAGAAGACAAAAAAAUUGAAUAUAGGUUAUUAAAAGAAGAGAUUGCCAGUCGAGAGAAGCAGCGUUUAAUAAAAUCAGAUCAGUUGAAGACGAGUUCAUCAUCUCCUGCCAAUUCAGAUGGUGAAAUUGAUGGGGUUGGGAGAAUAGCAAUGGUUACUAAGCAGGUGACAGAUGCAGAAGCAAAAUUAAAGAAACACAAACUUCUCCUGAUGAAAGAUGAAUCUGUGUUAAAGAAUCUCUUGCAGCAAGAGGCUAAGAAGAGGGAAUCUGUUAGGAAUGCUGAAACAAAGAUUGUGAAACUUAGAGAACAGCUUCAAGCAACUGAAAAAAUCCUUAACGUUAACAGGAUUUUUUUGAAAAAACUUCAGGAACAAAUUCACAGAGUUCAGCAGCGAGUAACAGUUAAGAAAGCAUUGGCACUAAAAUAUGGAGAAGAGCUUGCUCGAGCAAAGGCAGUGGCUAGUAAAGAAAUAGGAAAGCGUAAACUGGAGCAAGAUUACUUUGGACCAAACAAAAUGAUAAAACUAGACAGCUCUCCUGCAUCAAGUCCGAAAAAGCAUUCAGCGGAAAUGAUUGCUUUGGAAAAAAAACGAUUACAGCAAUUAGAGUAUGAAUAUGCUCUAAAGAUUCAAAAGCUAAAAGAAGCCCGAGCUCUUAAAACAAAAGAACAGUCAAAUACAACCCCUAUUUUGGAAGAAGAACCUGAAUUUUCUUUACCUCAGCCUUCUCUUCAUGAUCUAACACAAGACAAACUGACUCUAGACAGUGAAGAAAAUGAUGUCGAUGAUGAAAUUCUGUCUACUUCCAGCAGAGAAAGAAGGAGAUCUUUCCGAGAAUCCAAUUCUUUCACCAAACCUAAUCUUAAGCACACAGAUACACCUAAUAAGGAAUGCAUAAACAAACCUAGUAAAAACACUGUGGAGAAACCUGAACUCUUUCUUGGUUUAAAUAUUGAUGAAUUGAAGAGAUUGCAUGCUAAUGAAGAUAGCCUGAAGGAGCUGAUUUCAAAAAGUACUUCAAUCAUUUCAGAAAAAGUUUUGCAUGGUCAAGAAAUUUCUGUGGAUGUGGAUAUUGUUACAUCACAAAACAAACAAACAGAAGGGAAACCAUUUCCAUUUGGACCAUACCAUAGCCCUCUUCUUGUUUUUAAAUCUUAUAGAUUUAGUCCUUUUUUUCGAACCAAGGAAAAACUUUAUCUCAGUUCAGUAUCAUACAGUAAUAUGAUUGAACCGAAACAGUGUUUCUGCCGUUUUGAUUUAACAGGCACAUGUAAUGAUGAUGAUUGUCAGUGGCAACACAUGCAAGAUUGUACUUUUACCCGGAAACAGCUGUUCCAAGACAUUUUAUCUUACAAUUUAUCUUUAAUUGGUUGUUCUGAAAAAAGCACAGAAGAAGAAAUUACACUCGCAACAGAAAAAUACAUUGAAAAACUCUUUGGUAUAAACAAAGAUCGAAUGUCAAUGGACCAGAUGGCUGUUCUUCUUGUUAGUAAUAUCAAUGAAAGUAAAGGUCAUACUCCUCCAUUUACGACUUAUAAGGAAAAAAGGAAAUGGAGGCCAAAAUUUUGGAGAAAACCUGUUUCAGAUAAUAGUAGUAACAGUAGCAGUGAUGAAGAACAAUCCACAGGACCUAUAAAAUAUGCUCCCCGACCUGAACGUCAUACCAGUGUUCCAGUUUUGGAUGCUGUCGUCACUCCUGAUGAUGUCAGAUACUUUACAAAUGAGACUGAUGACAUUUCUAAUCUGGAAGCAAGUGUGCUUGAAAAUCCUUCUGAUGUACAGCUCUGGAUCAAACUUGCAUACAAGUACUUAAAUCAGAAUGAGGGGUCUUCGUCAGAGUGUUUGGAUUCAGCUUUAAAUGUCCUGGCUCGAGCACUGGAGAACAACAAAGAAAAUUCUGAAAUUUGGUGCCAUUAUCUCAGAUUAUUUUCAAAAAGAGGAACUAAAGAGGAGGUGCAAGAGAUGUGUGAAACAGCUGUAGAAUAUGCUCCAAAUUACCAAAUUUGGUGGACUUUUUUGAACCUAGAAACCACUUUUGAUGGAAAGGAUUAUGUAUGUGGUAGGAUGCUUCAAUUUCUUAUGGAAGCAGCAGAACAUGAGAAUUCAGAUCUUCUGUCCUUUCAGUUAUUGGAGUCUCUUUUGUUUAGAGUUCAAUUGAGCUUAUUCACAGGAAGAUACCAAAAUGCUCUUGCCAUCUUACAGAAUGCAUUAAAAUCGGCCAAUGAGAGAAUUGUAGCAGAACACCUUUCAUCAAGUGAUCGAUGUUUGGCUUGGUUGGCUUAUAUACACCUCAUUGAAUUCAACAUUCUCCCUCUGAAAUUUUAUGAUCCAUCUAAUACCAAUCCUGCAAGGAUUGUUAACAAAGAGCCGUUUUUAAUUCCAUGGCAAACUGCUCAAGAUGUGAAGACUGAUCAUGAUAUGUUAGUAGCUGUUUUUCAAGAUGCAAUUCAAGCAUGUACGGAUGAAAACCUUGCUAUUGCUGAAAAAAUAGAAGUCUGUCUUCCACUGUACACAAAUUUGAUUGCUUUGCUGCAGCUCCUAGACAGGUGUGAGUCUGCUGUGGAGCUCUGUAGGUCUUUAUUGGCAUCUUGUCCUGUGAACUGCCAGUUGUUGGAAACUCUUGUGGCUUUAUAUCUGCGAUUAGACCAACAAGACAAAGCCAGUGCAGUGUGGCUUAGUACGUUUGAAAAAUAUCCUCAGAAUGCAGAGGUUUUUUAUCAUUUGUGCAAAUUCCUUAUCUUAAAGGAUCGGUCUGACAGCAUUUUUCCAUUGUUGCGAGAAUUUAUGGCACCAUUUUUUGAACUUGGAUGUGAGGAACAUAAUCCCAUAGAUCUCUUUCGAUAUCUUUUGAAUAUUCCUGGACCAUUUGACUUUGCAUCACCUUUGUGUAAAGGAAAUUUUGAUGAUGAGAUGUUAACCCAUCAAGUCCCGUUUUUGUGGCUGAUCUACUGCUUGUGUCAGUCUCUUCAGACAAAUACUGAAGAAACAGUGGAUGCAUAUGAAGCAGCUCUAGGGGCAGUCAUGCAUUCUGAUAUGGUACAGAACAUCUGGAUGGAUUAUCUUAUCUUUGCGAACACUAGAGCUCUUGGAUCCAAAAAUAAAAUCCAAGAAUUCAAAAUUUUUACUGAUUUAGUGAAUAGAUGUUUAGUGACAGUUCCUACCCGAUACCCAAUACCAUUUAGUACUGCUGAUUACUGGACCAAUUAUGAGUUUCAUAAUAGGGUUAUUUUCUUUUAUUUGAGUUGUGUUCCAAAGUCCCAGCAUUCCAAAAUCUUGGAACGAUUUUGCUCAAAUAUGCCAACCAAUCCUGGACUUGCGCUGAGGCUACUCCAGCAAGAAUGGGAAGAAAGCAAUGUUCAGAUUCUGAAACUACAAGCCAAGAUGUUUACAUAUAAUAUCCCAACAUGCCUGGCCAUCUGGAAAAUAGCCAUUGCUGCAGAGAGCUUUCUAAAAGGACAGAGAGAGGUCCACCAUUUAUAUCAGAGAGCCUUUCAGAAGUUACCUCUGUGUGCAACACUGUGGAAAGAUCAACUCUUGUUUGAAGCAUCAGGAGGAGGUAAAACUGAUAACCUGAGAAAACUAGUUUCCAAGUGCCAAGAGAUUGGAGUCAGCCUAAAUGAGCUCUUAAAUUUAAACAUUUACAAAACAGAAAGCAAGAAUCACUGAACACUGCGUGCAGUCAGUCCUUAAGUCCUAUUAAUAAUUGCCAAAAUCAUUUGAAUGAUUCUUCAAGAUUAGGCUGAUCCCUGGCUAAGGUCUGUAUAAGGCAGACAAGCAUUGUUGAUCAUAUCAAGUUCCCUACAAUCUCCUGUCCUUGAAACCAGAAGCAAUGAACAUGAUCUUCUUCAGUUGGAUAAAUGGACUUCCUGUUUGGCCUGCUUCUAGGCCCUUCCAGAUUCUCAUAACAUCAUGUACGUAAGUAUAGUUCAUCAAAGUGACUGACAUUUAUUUUUAUUUUGUUUUAUUAUUUUUAUUUUGCUUUUCUCCCCCUACGUUGUGCUGUUUCCUGAUUCACUUGACACUCUCUGAUGCCUGAGAGAUCCAUAUUUGAGAUUAGUUCCUGGGGCUGUGUUUACAGUAAAAAUCAAACAGUCCAUAAUUUUUUUUUAAUUAUUUUUUAAUUAUUAUUUUUUUCCUUUUUAAACCUUUUGAGAUUCUUCAUUACAGGAUAUAAAACAAAAGCAGUCCAUCUUAAGGAAAGUGUAACUGCCAUGGCCACAAGUCUGCUAGUGCACUUGAAGGCUCUAAAAGGGCUGUUCACUGCCCUUCUGCGUUCUGGACUCGUUGCUGAGACUGUUUAACUUGAAGAUAAAGAAACGAUCACAAAUGCCAGUGCAUCAGAACCCAAGAGUGGUCAAUUAUUAUGUGCAAUUUUUUUUGUAAAGAAAUUUUAAUUUAUAAUAAAGUUUAACAGUUUAAAGAA